CACACACAGACACACAGGGCAGCCUGGGUGCAGGCUCUGGGGGUCAGCCUGGCAUUACACUGGGGGUGAGCCCUGGGAUCCUGCAGCAAUACACAAAGGAUGCUCUGAGCUGCCUUCAAUUGCUCUCUGUUCUCAGAGCAGGAAGGAUUAAAGAAUGACUGGAGAAUACAGCUAAACACAGGGACGAGGAAGCUCCAGAUUCCACAAUGAGGAUUCCUCCUUCCUCUGACUCUUCGCAAGGUCCUGGGCAGUGAGGGGCUUGAGCCCCAGAAUUCUGUGAACCCCCCUGUCCCUUCCAAGCAGCGCCUGGGACCCCCUGCCUGCUGCAAUGGGUGGGUUAUAAAUCACUGGUAAUGAGGAGCACUGGGGUCAGCCUGCCCUGGAGAUGCUGAAGAGAAGGGACAUUCUGGCUAUUGUGCUGAUCGUUCUUCCCUGGACUUUACUGAUCACAGUCUGGCACCACUCCACUCUGUCCCCGCUGCUCACAGCACACAAGGAAGACGGCAGCGAAGGUCGGAGGGAUGCAGGUCCAGGGUCAGAUUCCAGAGAGUAUUGUUCUUCUGAGCGAGAUAUCGUGGAGGUUGUGAGGACAGAGUAUGUGUACACACGUCCUCCGCCCUGGAUGGGGAACCUUCCUAUCAUCCAUGUUAUCACCCCAACAUACAGCAGACCGGUACAGAAAGCCGAGCUGACCCGCCUCGCCAACACUUUACUGCAUGUUCCCAAUUUGCACUGGAUUUUAGUUGAGGACUCUCAACGACGGACCCCUCUGGUGACUAAAAUGCUUCAGGAUUCUGGGCUGAAUUAUACCCAUCUAAAUGUGGAGACCCCACGUAACUACAAACUGAGGGGGGAUACGCGAGACCCACGAAUACCUCGUGGUACCAUGCAGAGGAAUCUGGCCUUGCGUUGGCUCAGAGAAACUUUUCACAAGAACAACAGUUUGCCAGGGGUGGUCUAUUUUGCUGAUGAUGAUAAUACAUACAGUCUAGAGCUGUUUGAAGAGAUGCGAAGUACCAGGAAAGUGUCCGUUUGGCCGGUGGCAUUCGUAGGAGGUCUUCGUUAUGAGUCCCCCAAAGUCAAUGCCGCUGGCAAAGUAUUUGGAUGGAAAACAGUGUUUGACCCCCACAGACCAUUUGCCAUAGACAUGGCUGGCUUUUCCAUCAACCUGCGCCUGAUUCUCCAGCGACCGCAGGCAUACUUCAAAUUGCGAGGUGUUAAAGGAGGUUAUCAGGAGAGCAGCCUGCUGAGGGAGCUUGUUACUUUGAGUGACCUAGAACCCAAAGCGGACAAUUGCACUAAGAUUUUGGUCUGGCACACCCGGACGGAGAAGCCUGUACUUGUGAAUGAAGGAAAGAAAGGUUUUACGGAUCCCAACGUGGAGAUCUGAAAGAAACAAAAUGAGAAAACAUCUAAGGGGCUGUAUGCAGGUAUCGCGCUCUCCAUGGGCAGAUGGACAUAGAGAGUGUCAUUGGGGACACAUUCUCCAACACUGAGACCAUCUGCCCCUAGCCCCCAGAUUGUGCAGGAUCGCCCAUGUGUAUGUUCAUUUACUCAAGAAGCACAGCACAUGAUACGGAGGGAACCUUGGAGAUAUUAAGGAAUGAAGAAUCCUGGUUUCUCUAACUGUAAAUCAUCCGGCUGUUCCUGUGCUGCAGAGAGCCAGGGGUAAGUCUUGUAGGAUGGAAAGUGAAAUAGAUAUGAGCAGUGGGGCCCGGCGUGCGGACUCAAAUUGCCUCUGCACCCACGUGGACUGACUGCUAUGCCGUUGUCACUUCCGGAAACUCGCUGUGCAGCCUAUGGACCAUCCUCCCAAUACCGGGUCAUACAGCCAUGUUCUUCAUGCUCCUCUGCAGGGAGCGGCUCGUCUUCAUGUUCUCUGUAGAUCCAGGUGUAACUCACACUGCUAGGCCCCUCGUAGCAUCCAAAGUGAGACACACAGACACUCGUUACUCUGCACUCAAACCAGAUGGCAAUCUGAAAUUUUCAAGGAAUUCUCGCUCUCAAUGUAAUGACAAAUUGCGUUGCAGGACAAACCCUUCCAUUCCCUAUACUAUAUCAGUGCAAUUUUUGGAUUAUAUAUACGAUAUAUUGAGGCUAUGAUAAACUUUAAUUGAAUUACCUUCUUUUACAAGAAAUCGAUUUUAUCAAUUGAAUCUCUCAGUUUUCUUUACAUAGAAGUAAAAUGUCAAGAAAAGUGCUUACAUGGCAUGCGCACAUUCAGGCACACUACAAGGCCCAGCAUGCAGCUCUGCCCUAGGAAUUAUGAGAGGUAGUGUGGCAGUCACCAAACAUAUGGGAUAUUAUCUUUUAAAAUGAAUAGCAGCUUCUGACAGUUCCUCCAAGUAUUAAAAACAGAAUUAAAAAAACAAAACAAAAAAACACAUAUAAGAAGAUUGGGUUAUCCCUAUGAGAACAUCACAUGUAUAUAGUGUUUGAAGAACGUUAGAAUGCCCAGUACCUUCACAUUCUAUCUAUACAUCGUUAGCACAGGGUAUCGCUUACAUUGUAUAAGUGACCAUCACAAAGAGAGAUGUAUAAAUAUAUACACAAACACAGAACUACACUCAGAAUUAUACAAUGGCAUUCAGUAAAUAGCAUUCAGUAAAUGGUGAGUUAGAAUGAGAACAUUCUCGUAGGUAACAUGUUAUUCAAAUGUUCAAUAUCACUUGUUUGAUUUGAAGAAAUAUUAUUGAAAGGGCGACUCCACACAUCUAAAACACCUUAGCGUGCUGAAGUGCUUUAUGUAUGAAGAGUGUGCCCUGUUUUGUUUUGUUUUUUUAUCGCAUUGUACAAAAAUUACAGAUUUCAUAGAAAUUGAAACUUUUAUAAAUGAACCUUCUCACACAACCCCCUCCCUCCCCCGGCUGUCAAUCAGAAAACCAGUCCUGUUACUUCCCGUUUUUUUACCUUAGUGGAAUUAAACUCAACUCAAACGGAGAUGAGCAUCAUAUUUGAGGUUAUACUUUUAUUUUCUCUGCACAUGGAUUUGUACUUUCAGAAUCGGACUCCAAACAAAUCACUAAAAAGAUGGAUCACCUCGGUAGAUUUGCAUUUUUUAAAAAGCACAUUUUAGAAAACACUUUUCCUGUCUGAGAGACAGCAUUAUUAGUGAUCAAAUGCUACAAAUUAAAUAUGGUGGUCAUCUCCCCGGCACAGAGAGCAUGAUGGAUCAUGGCUGAUGAGACGCUGAUCUCUGCAGAACAUCUCACUUCCCACUUGCAGACUAUUGCACACUGCGUCUAAUUAAAGAAACAUUCUGAUCUC